AUGUCUACUCACCCGCCGGUAGAAGGCAACCAGAAUGCCUCGGCGCCUAAAAUUCCAGCUAAUGGAUGGACGAGGAAAGACCGCCCCUGCGACGCGUGUAGGAGACGCAAAAGUAGAUGUAUUAUGCCCCAGGACUCGGAAACUUGUAUACUAUGUCAAUCUCGCGCAGAGCAAUGUACUUUUGUUCAAAGUCCUCAGAGAAGAAAGAGGCGGAAACUUGACGAGGAUGAAAAAAAUGCAGAUGGGAUGAAACUAGGAUCUCUAGAGUCAGAGAGAAGCAAUAUCUACGCCAAACCUCCAAUCAACGAUUACAGAGCCCUGCCUGGCCCUUCGCUCUUGAAGCAAACACUGGGCCUCCAGAACCGGCAGCAUAGCCAAUAUCUUGGUCAAACUACUGAGUAUGAUACUCGUCUCAUCAACCUCUCGCCAUUCAAUGGACGAGGAGAGUACGUCAGCAUGCCAGGAACACUUCGACGUGUCAGUCCAAAGACUCACUUCAUCAUGAAAUCCGAAAGUCAAGCAGAAGUGGAUGACGAGCUCGCGAAUCUUGAUCUCGUAGAGAGCAUCGUUCAGCCACAUGGUCAGGCUCUAGUUGACUUGUACUUUCGGAUUGUCCACCCAAGUUUCCCGAUCAUGCAUAAGAAGGUGUUCCUUGAGAAAUAUGAUCGAACGUAUCGGGAGUUCACGCCACCUGUUUUAGCUGCCGUCUAUAUAUUAGCGCUAAAUUGGUGGUCUUAUAGUCCUAAUCUUGUUAAUCUUCCCAAGCCAGAUGUCCUGAAGUUGGAGAAACUCGCUCCCAAGAUGAUGAGUGAUGUCCUGAAUCGACCGAAGCUUUCAACUGUGCAAGCCGGAUUGUUGCUUCUUCAGCGUCCUGAUGGUGACUCAUGGGCUCUCACAGGUCAACUUAUCGCGGUGGCACAGAAUUUAGGACUUCACCUUGACUGUUCCGGGUGGAAGAUUCCCGAAUGGGAGAGGAGUUUAAGAAAGCGACUAGCCUGGGCACUUUACAUGCAAGAUAGGUGGGGAGCAUUGGUCCAUGGUCGACCGCUACUGAUCCAUGAGGACAACUGGUCCGUGAAGCCGCUUGAGGAGAGGGAUUUCCCUGAGACUGCCGAGGAUGACGAUGAGGAAGAAGGAAGUUCAGAGAUUGAAAAGGGGAGACUGACGUUCGUCCAUAUGAUUUCUCUGACUGAAAUCCUAUCUAGUAUUUUGAGAACAUUCUUCACUUUAAGCUCCAUGGCUGCCUUGGAGAGUGAGCGUGAAAAUGCGACCACGGUAACAUUGGAAAAGGCAAAGCCAAUCCAGCUGAGAUUGAAGGAUUGGUAUUCGAAACUGCCUCCAAGUCUGGCAGUAGGGGACACGAAAGCAAGGAAACUCUCUUCAACUGGAUCAUUACAUCUUGCAUACUUUGCGGCAGAAGUGACCCUACACCGAGCAAUAAUCCGCUUCGACACUAGCAAUACCGACGAGAACCUCCGAUCCAUCACUCGAGCUGCUGCAAAGAUGCGUUUCAUUUCUGCCAUCGACCUCGUCAAUAAACUCGAGCCCGCACACCUCCAGAGCUUCUGGUACUUUGCUUCCAAAGUCAACCUCGCAAUUAUCGCGACAUUCGGGAGUCUGCUGUGGGCUACAAGCCAAAGCACAGAUGAAGCUGAUUUCUACCGAUCUAAGCUCGCAGAAUAUCGGUGGACAUUGAGAGUGAGCAGUAAGGGUGCCGAGUUCAUGAAGUUUACAGUUGGGAUGCUAGAUGCCAGCACAGUCUUUAUGAAAGACGGUAGCAAAAUCGCGACGCCGAAGACCAUAAAGCCCGAUACUGCUCAAGAUAAAAAAGAGGAGCAACUCAUUUCAUCAAUGGAUAAGAGCCAACAAAUAUCGGAUCCUACAGCUACUGGAAUGAACCAAGUGUCUCCGAGCACUGGGUACUCGACCGAAUCUGUAGGAGUCUACGAAGCCGACUUUGACGCCUCUAUUCUCGCGCAAGAUAUCCGACCAACUUGGUCAGAUUUUGCAGAGAACGUGAACUUCACAGCUGGGGAUAUACAGGAUUGGAAUCUGGAUCAACUGUAUAACUUUGAGGAUGUGCAAGGGGUUGAUCCGCUGCUUGCGAACCGGAGGUUCAUUCAGGAGUAUGAUGAGAGGGGAAACAACUUUGGUGGUUUCUGA